CUGUGAAGCGUUCACUCAGACUUCAGCCUCACAGAAACUAUCAAAAGACCCUGAAAAACCCGGGCUUGACUUUUUUGCUCCUCUGAGCACGUCGGAAGAUGGACAAUCAGAGGGCUUCUCAGUCCCGCCCUAAGGAAGUAGGUGGGCACAGGCAAGGCUCGGCAAACACCACUACUCCUCACAACCCCCAUGGAGGCGGGAGGAGAAGAGCCCAGCGCUCAUCCCACUCGGAAAGUCAUGCCUCAGAAGACCAUUACUUCUUCCCCGAGGCGGUCGGGCCUGUGCAUGGCUCUAGAGGCGAGAUCGUGUGGUUCAACAGCAACAUGUACGAGCAAGCCGAGGACUACUUUCAGAAUUCGUCAAACUUGGGGACGAGUCCGAGAGAACAAGUCGUCCACCGCUCCCUGGUGUUCAGAGCUAAACGGAAACCAACAAAGCCCAGUCAAGAGGAAGGGAACCAUAUCCGUUCUCACUCCUACAGCGCUCAGGAAAACCAGCACUCCUCCUCCGAGCCUCAGACGGGACGCAGGAAGAGGGGUUACUCCGAGACGGAGCAUCACACUCGGAGAAAACGGGAGAACAUCAUCAUGAGUGGACUCCAGUGCCUGGCCCAGGAGAAGAUCUGGUUCGACAAAUCCAAAUAUGACGAGGCCGAGCGAUGCUUCUAUGAGGGAGUAAACGGCGUACCUUCGGCUCCACAGGUGAAGUCAGCGCUGCAGUCGGGUAAAGCAAACCCCCGUCCCAAAAAGCCUCGCGAGCGCAAGUCUAGUCAGAAUGCCAGCAAAUCAGAAGAUCAGAGCGAGCUGGUCUCACGCGUAAAGAGCCUGGAGCUGGACAACAAGAACCUCCACAAAGUGGUGGAUGACCUGAGGGCCAUGCUGUCCAAACUAGAGAGCAGAUUGUCCGGGCUGGAGAAGAGUCCGAAUCAGGCCCCCAAAGCAGCGGCCGCUCCACAGGCGGCUCCAGCUCCGACACCCAAAGUGGUGGUAGAGGAAGAGGACGACGACAUCGACCUGUUUGGCAGCGACGAGGAAGACGAAGAGGCGGAGCGCAUUAAAGCACAGAGGGUGCAGGAGUACGCGGCGAAGAAGGCUAAAAAACCCGCCCUCAUCGCCAAGUCCUCCAUCAUACUCGACGUCAAACCUUGGGAUGACGAGACGGACAUGGCCAAGCUGGAGGAGUGUGUGCGUUCAGUGCAGAUGGACGGUUUGCUCUGGGGUGCCUCCAAACUGGUGCCAGUUGGUUAUGGCAUCAAGAAGCUGCAGAUCAACUGCGUGGUCGAGGACGACAAAGUCGGAGUCGACAUACUCGAGGAGGAAAUCACCAAAUUCGAAGACUACGUCCAGAGUGUUGAUGUUGCUGCUUUCAACAAGAUCUGAGCGUUUGCUCGACAAUCAACUCGUCACCUCAUUUCAACGGCUGCCUGCUGCUUUUCUAUUGCACAGUUACCAAUAAACCGUUACAAAGCCUUACAAACUGA